AUGAGACAUCUUCAUUGGAUACAGCUCAAACAAGUACAUCAACCGCUACGAUGCAGCCAACAACUCAAGCCCCUGUGUUCAUUUCUUGAAUCCACAGAGACAGCCAUUCGCCUGGUUGGAGGAGUAGGCCCAUGUCAAGGCAGAGUGGAAGUCCUUUAUUCUGGGUCCUGGGGCACGGUCUGUGAUGAUUACUGGAACAUCAAUGAUGCCCGGGUUGUCUGCCGAAACGUCGGCUGUGGAGCUGCUCUUUCUGCCCAAUCAAAUGCCUACUUUGGUCAGGGCAAUGGCACCAUCUGGCUGGAUGAUGUGACAUGCAAUGGGUCGGAAUCCUCUUUAGGAAAUUGUCCUCACCUGCCAUGGGGGCAACACAACUGCGUUCAUGCUGAAGAUGCUGGUGUCAUUUGCAGUGAUCCAACCAUUCGCCUGGUUGGAGGAGGAGGGCCAUGUCAAGGCAGAGUGGAGGUCCUCUUUGAUGGUUCCUGGGGCACGGUCUGUGAUGAUUCCUGGGAUAUUAACGAUGCCCAGGUCGUCUGUCGCAUGGUCGGCUGUGGGGCUGCUAUUUCUGCCCCACAAGUUGCCUACUUUGGUCAGGGCAAUGGCCCCAUAUGGCUGGAUGAUGUCAGUUGCAAUGGUUCUGAAUCCAUCCUGGGAUCAUGUUCUCAUCGCCCAUGGGGGCAGCAUGACUGCAGCCACAUUGAAGAUGCAAGUGUCAUUUGCAGCGCUCAAACAAGUACAUCAACCGCUACGACGCAGCCAACAACUCAACACCCUGAGACAGCCAUUCGCCUGGUUGGAGGAGGAGGCCCAUGUCAAGGCAGAGUGGAGGUCCUCUAUUCUGACUCCUGGGGCACGGUCUGUGAUGAUUUCUGGGACAUCAAUGAUGCCCAGGUUGUCUGCCGAAAGGUCGGCUGUGGAGCUGCUCUUUCUGCCCCAUCAAAUGCCUACUUUGGUCAGGGCAUUGGCACCAUCUGGCUGGAUGAUGUCAGAUGCAAUGGUUCUGAAUCCUUUCUGGGGCCAUGUUCUCAUCGCCCAUGGGGCCAGCAUGACUGUAGCCACAGUGAAGAUGCUAGUGUCAUUUGCAGCGCUCAAACAAGUACAUCAACCGCUACGACGCAGCCAACAACUCAAGCCCCUGAGACAGCCAUUCGCCUGGUUGGAGGAGUAGGCCCAUGUCAAGGCAGAGUGGAAGUCCUUUAUUCUGGGUCCUGGGGCACGGUCUGUGAUGAUUACUGGAACAUCAAUGAUGCCCAGGUUGUCUGCCGAAACGUCGGCUGUGGAGCUGCUCUUUCUGCCCAAUCAAAUGCUUACUUUGGUCAGGGCAAUGGCACCAUCUGGCUGGAUGAUGUGACAUGCAAUGGGUCGGAAUCCUCUUUAGGAAAUUGUCCUCACCUGCCAUGGGGGCAACACAACUGUGUUCAUGCUGAAGAUGCUGGUGUCAUUUGCAGUGAUCCAACCAUUCGCCUGGUUGGAGGAGGAGGGCCAUGUCAAGGCAGAGUGGAGGUCCUCUUUGAUGGUUCCUGGGGCACGGUCUGUGAUGAUUCCUGGGAUAUUAACGAUGCCCAGGUCGUCUGUCGCAUGGUCGGCUGUGGGGCUGCUAUUUCUGCCCCACAAGUUGCCUACUUUGGUCAGGGCAAUGGCCCCAUAUGGCUGGAUGAUGUCAGUUGCACUGGUUCUGAAUCCAUCCUGGGAUCAUGUUCUCAUCGCCCAUGGGGGCAGCAUGACUGCAGCCACAUUGAAGAUGCAAGUGUCAUUUGCAGCGCUCAAACAAGUACAUCAACCGCUACGACGCAGCCAACAACUCAACACCCUGAGACAGCCAUUCGCCUGGUUGGAGGAGGAGGCCCAUGUCAAGGCAGAGUGGAGGUCCUCUAUUCUGACUCCUGGGGCACGGUCUGUGAUGAUUUCUGGGACAUCAAUGAUGCCCAGGUUGUCUGCCGAAAGGUCGGCUGUGGAGCUGCUCUUUCUGCCCCAUCAAAUGCCUACUUUGGUCAGGGCAUUGGCACCAUCUGGCUGGAUGAUGUCAGAUGCAAUGGUUCUGAAUCCUUUCUGGGGCCAUGUUCUCAUCGCCCAUGGGGCCAGCAUGACUGUAGCCACAGUGAAGAUGCUAGUGUCAUUUGCAGCGCUCAAACAAGUACAUCAACCGCUACGACGCAGCCAACAACUCAAGCCCCUGAGACAGCCAUUCGCCUGGUUGGAGGAGUAGGCCCAUGUCAAGGCAGAGUGGAAGUCCUUUAUUCUGGGUCCUGGGGCACGGUCUGUGAUGAUUACUGGAACAUCAAUGAUGCCCGGGUUGUCUGCCGAAACGUCGGCUGUGGAGCUGCUCUUUCUGCCCAAUCAAAUGCCUACUUUGGUCAGGGCAAUGGCACCAUCUGGCUGGAUGAUGUGACAUGCAAUGGGUCGGAAUCCUCUUUAGGAAAUUGUCCUCACCUGCCAUGGGGGCAACACAACUGCGUUCAUGCUGAAGAUGCUGGUGUCAUUUGCAGUGAUCCAACCAUUCGCCUGGUUGGAGGAGGAGGGCCAUGUCAAGGCAGAGUGGAGGUCCUCUUUGAUGGUUCCUGGGGCACGGUCUGUGAUGAUUCCUGGGAUAUUAACGAUGCCCAGGUCGUCUGUCGCAUGGUCGGCUGUGGGGCUGCUAUUUCUGCCCCACAAGUUGCCUACUUUGGUCAGGGCAAUGGCCCCAUAUGGCUGGAUGAUGUCAGUUGCACUGGUUCUGAAUCCAUCCUGGGAUCAUGUUCUCAUCGCCCAUGGGGGCAGCAUGACUGCAGCCACAUUGAAGAUGCAAGUGUCAUUUGCAGCGCUCAAACAAGUACAUCAACCGCUACGACGCAGCCAACAACUCAACACCCUGAGACAGCCAUUCGCCUGGUUGGAGGAGGAGGCCCAUGUCAAGGCAGAGUGGAGGUCCUCUAUUCUGACUCCUGGGGCACGGUCUGUGAUGAUUUCUGGGACAUCAAUGAUGCCCAGGUUGUCUGCCGAAAGGUCGGCUGUGGAGCUGCUCUUUCUGCCCCAUCAAAUGCCUACUUUGGUCAGGGCAUUGGCACCAUCUGGCUGGAUGAUGUCAGAUGCAAUGGUUCUGAAUCCUUUCUGGGGCCAUGUUCUCAUCGCCCAUGGGGCCAGCAUGACUGUAGCCACAGUGAAGAUGCUAGUGUCAUUUGCAGCGCUCAAACAAGUACAUCAACCGCUACGACGCAGCCAACAACUCAAGCCCCUGAGACAGCCAUUCGCCUGGUUGGAGGAGUAGGCCCAUGUCAAGGCAGAGUGGAAGUCCUUUAUUCUGGGUCCUGGGGCACGGUCUGUGAUGAUUACUGGAACAUCAAUGAUGCCCAGGUUGUCUGCCGAAACGUCGGCUGUGGAGCUGCUCUUUCUGCCCAAUCAAAUGCUUACUUUGGUCAGGGCAAUGGCACCAUCUGGCUGGAUGAUGUGACAUGCAAUGGGUCGGAAUCCUCUUUAGGAAAUUGUCCUCACCUGCCAUGGGGGCAACACAACUGUGUUCAUGCUGAAGAUGCUGGUGUCAUUUGCAGUGAUCCAACCAUUCGCCUGGUUGGAGGAGGAGGGCCAUGUCAAGGCAGAGUGGAGGUCCUCUUUGAUGGUUCCUGGGGCACGGUCUGUGAUGAUUCCUGGGAUAUUAACGAUGCCCAGGUCGUCUGUCGCAUGGUCGGCUGUGGGGCUGCUAUUUCUGCCCCACAAGUUGCCUACUUUGGUCAGGGCAAUGGCCCCAUAUGGCUGGAUGAUGUCAGUUGCACUGGUUCUGAAUCCAUCCUGGGAUCAUGUUCUCAUCGCCCAUGGGGGCAGCAUGACUGCAGCCACAUUGAAGAUGCAAGUGUCAUUUGCAGUGCCAAUCGCCGGUGCUCUACAGAGCUUAGUAAUGCAAAUGGAACGAUUCUUUCAAGUAACUUUGGCAGCCAGUGUGGUGGGAGUACGCCUUACACGUGGAUGAUAACAGCAUCUCCUGGCAAAGUUCUACUUCUUCAGUUUACCUUGUUGAGUCUAUCCUGUGACUGCUUGAAUGAACGUGUGGACAUUUACGAUGGAAACAUCACAACCCCUGACACUAAAUUGGCAACAUUCUGUGGAUCAGAUGUCCCACCUGCAAUCAGAUCUCUCUACUCAAACAUAACCUUGGUUUGGACUAAGCAACAAGUAUUGGCAGGGAGAGGGUUUCAAGUGACGUAUACGUCCGUGACACCCUUGGAUCCCAUUCGUGCAUGUGGCCAGGGCUCUCUCAUUCAGACUCCUUGGCUUGCCAGUCUGGUCAAUGGAAACGUUACAUGUGAUGCAACACUCAUCGGCGAUAGAUGGCUGAUAACAGCCGCUCACUGUACCCAGAAUGCCAGCCUGCAGGUUCAAGGUUGGCAGGCUCUGCUGGGCCAGUACCCAGUCAAUGGUGUCGUUCGCUUCCUACACAAGUUUGCGGUGCGGAGAAUCAUCGCACAUGGGCAAUUCUCCACAUCACUCCCACAGGACUAUGACUUGGCCCUGGUGGAGUUGGCACGCCGUGUACCCAUUUCAGACAUCGCCUCACCGGCUUGCGUCCCAUCAGACAGCCCUAGUUUCCCCAGCACAUCAACAACUUGCUACUUGACCUCCUACCCCGCCUUUGCAAGCGGUGUUACAGUUCGCAUCGUCCCACAAAUAACCUGUGCAUCGUCGAGCAAUUAUGGAUCAUCGGUGAAUGUGAGGAUGCUCUGUGCUGAUGUCUCUAGUUACCCAUCUGCAUGUUGGGGCAACAAAGGAGGGGCAGUCUCCUGCUUGAACACUGAUGGGCGGUUGUACGUGGUGGGGCUCGCCAGCUGGGGCCGCCAGUGCUCCCAGCCAGGCACUCCAGGAGUGUUCACCUUUAUCUCCAAGUACAGCACCUGGAUUAGCCAGCAGCAGCAGCAGGUGUAGAACAAACAUUGGUGGCAUCCACCUGCGGUACUGCGCACUAAUUUUCCCUCGCUUGGGGCUGUGGAUCAAGUGCUCGGACAGCAAACGGAAUAGCAAAUAAUGUGCACUCACCACUCCCUCUUACAACGAACCCCUCAUCAACACUGCUUAUUGUAAUCACGCCAGUGUUGUACUGCACACCUCAAACUCGUUUUAGUAAGGCGUCACGUCUAAAUGUUAACGAUUGACACACUGAUCAACUGGUCAAAGGUUUAAAGCAAUACAUGAAUACAUGAUCAACCAAAUUACUAAAAAUAUGCAAUUUCAAAGUGUGCAUUUAGUUUAUAUAAUGCUGCUUAUAGAUCAGUUAUUUGUUAAGACAUGUUUGACACAUAAUCGACAUUGACAUCCUUGUUUGCGCACGAUAUGCUUAAUUAUCUAAGAAUUAUCUGUCAUUGUCAAAACCCAUUUAUCCACUAACCAAUUUACAAAUUCCUCAUCAGUGCUGUGACGGAUGUAAAUUAUGUAAUCAAAUGCAGAUGUUACCAUUCAAUUUAAAAUAACUCAGUCACAAUAACUCAGUCAGUAUUACAUUGUAUAAUACAAUUAACCUUGAAUACAUGUGAGUAGCCAUCUGGUUUAUAUUACCACUCGGCAUAUGAUGGGCACUACGAAAGUGUCUACAUAUAAUGUAUUGUCUCCACAUAGUGCGGCAUAUUAUCACAGUAAAUAAUUUUACAUCGGACAUGAUCCACUUCACUGCUACUCCAUUCUAAUCUUUUUCUGAGGCAAUAUAUAACAUUGCCAUAUGCAAUUAUUACUUAGAUUUACGGAAAUGUAGCAUGUAUUACUAAUUAACCCAAUUUAAACCUCAAAGUAAUCUUGAAGUACCAUAUUUCACUAACUUCCUUAUGCAAUUCGUUUUUGUGAGGAAGUUAAGGCAUCUUAAAUCCUGUCAAGCAUGGUAUAUUUUGUUCUCUUGUGUGAUUUCACAAUGAAUAUUUUCUGUCGUUCAAUGCAUCCAAUGAAUCUGAAACGUACAUGUUUACUAUGAUUUUACGAUGAUUAUUGGUGACAGGGAUAAAAAUAAUAUUUAUUAGUUUUAAAUAAAUCAGUGUAUUAUGAAUAUAGAAUAAAGCAAUACAAAGCA